AUGAGUCUCUUAGUAACUGCUACGUUUCUUAUUUUUUGCGUUGGAUUUGGAUUCGUUUCAUCGAAUGCAAUUGUUUUCUAUGGAACUAUAGGUUCAACUACAAGCUGCAAUACAAGCCUGACUCUAACAUGGGCUGAAUGUGUGACCGAGUGCAAUUCAAAUACGUCAGAUUGUAUUGUAAGUGGAAUCAAUUUGUGUAAGAAUUCAAGUUCUAGUUCUCAAAACUCAUUUCUAAAUUUAGCCCUCUAGAAAACCCAAGUGGCCCGGGUAACUUCUGAGAAGCCCAGGAACACUUCUCGACUAGUAAAUUCCCCUUUUCAGCUGGCUUUCUACGAUUCUUCCAAAAAAUGCAAUCUUUGCUUGUAUGGUCAAGUUAGCAAUGUGACUUACACAAAUGAACCGACAGAUUUGGAAAUUGCUCUAAAACUGAGCAAUGAGGUCGACUGCAAGUCAGUCAUGUCACAACUGGAAACUACUGGAAAAUUUGAUGAAUUCAAGCAAUGCGAAGAUGGUUGGACAAAAUAUACACGCGAGAAAACAAUAUGGUGUGUCACGCAAAUUAGACCAACAAGAGACAGUGGUUUGAAUUACACGGAAGCUGUUAAAUUGUGCAAUGAAUUGGAAGCGGUCGUUUCUGGAGUGGAGAAUUCAGACGAACUACAACAGUUUACUGAUGAAAUGACUGGUGGAGCAUGGGUUUCGAACUACACAAAAAUAAAUGAUGUGAGAUUAAUUUAUGUUUUAUUUGAAUUUGAAUAUUUCAGACUUAUCAAUGGGUUGCUGAUUCAUAUGCUUCUGAAUUAAAAUCUGCGUUAUUUGUAAAUCAAAAUAUUUCGGAUGACUUAAAUUGUGCGACUAUAAGUGGAUCCAGCAUGUCACAGAUUGGGUAAGAAAAAUGUGAGAUUUAAAUUCAAAAUAUUUUUCAGAUGUUCUACUAAUACAAAAUCAUUGGGCGCGAUUUGUGGGAAACCAAUUUGGUAA